GCAGCUUUUUCAGUUUUCGCUUAACGCUCGUUCAGUCAAGUUGAUUUUGCUGCACCGUCGUUCACUAUUUAAAUCGCGUCGCAUACAAAUACAAACACACGCACACAUUUACUCACUCAAAAUCUACGCCACGCCGUACCAUACUCUGCGCACAAACCGCGAACGAGGGCAGCCGUCUGAGUGGCUUGUGGCUUUAAUUUGUGUGUACUAUAUAGUGCGGUGGUAAUACGAUAACAGGUGCGACAGACUUAGCAGCAAUACGACAGCUAGCGGCCACCGUACAUUUGGCGGACGGUGUCAUCAUCAUCGAACGUUGUCAACACUCUCGUCGUCAGUCUGUUCGCCAGCGACGCGCAACUAUUGCGUCGUUCGCUGUCAGCAUGGCGCGCAAGGAUGAUCCCGUCUUGAAUGUGCGCUUUGUGCAAAUGGUCGAAAACCAUCCGUGCCUUUGGAACUCGACGCUGCCAGCUUACAGCAAGAAGGACGAAACCCAGAAGGCCUGGCAGGAGGUCGCCAAUGAGACGAAAGAUACUGUGCGAAACUGUCGUGAGCGAUGGCGUACCAUUAGGAGUAGUUUCCUUCGAUCGUUGAAGUUGUCACGCACUAGUACUGGUCGAGGCAAACGCAAAUAUUACCUCUCUAAAUAUCUUCAAUUCUUGAUUCCCUACACAAAGACGCGUCUUAAGAACGGCAGCACCGCAUCAAGCAUAAUUGCGCAACGCAAAACGACACCACAACCGCCGAUGACGCGCAUCAAUCACAUACCAUUACCCAUAGUCAGCAGUGAUGACACCAAAGAUUCCAAUGCCACGGAAGUGGGCAUAGCCGAGGAGGACGUUGUGGUUUCGCUACAUGAGGGAGCAACAACGCAGCAACAUCGCAUAGUAGUACAGCCGCCAAUGACGGCCCCGUGCGCCAUACCAGUACCAGUCGUUAUGCCGGCUCCGACAGCCAUCAAAACGGAACAAGGUGCCACAACGCCAGAACAUGGACGAUGUACAGCGACAGCCGUUUCCAGUAUGAAUGCUUGUGCCAUCGCCGGUGGUGCUAACAGUGGUAGCGGUAAUGUGGUAAAUAGUAGCGCUUUUGCUGCAGCAGUGGAUACACAACCAACGCCGCGUAGUGCAUCUGCCGUCGAUCUGACGGAGUUUGCCGAGUGGAUCAAAAGUAAAAAUGAACAUCAUCGCCAAUGUUUAAUGCCCUCCUCACCUGAUGCUGAUCAAUCAUUUCUCAACAGCUUGCAUCCAUUUCUGAAGGAAAUGUCCGGGAAACAGAAUCGCCGCUUCCGGCAGAAGGUGGUGGCGCUAAUUGAUGCCAUUCUGGAUAAUGCCGACUGAGGCGUACACAUGUGAUGCGUAACGUUUAGCAAAGGCGGCGAUGGUGAUGGCGAUGUUGAUCGUGGUAGUGCUGGAAGUGCUGGACCAAGAACCAAGAGAAAAUGGACGUGAAUGUAGCAGUGGUGAAUAACAGGGUAGCCCGAUGUAAAAGUGAGAUGUGAUCGCUUUAUACUCAUUCGACGACUACAACAAAAGAAAUAAUAAAAACCUUACGCACAUGAACACUCUAGCGCUUGAACGCACACAUACACACACACUUACAUACAUACAUACAUACAUACAUACAUACAUACAAACAUACGGUUAGACACUAAUACAUACAUUAUAUAUCCGCAGGCACAUCACGCAUGUAUACUGUGAAAACCUGUUGUUUUUAUUAGAGAAAAAUAUUUUUUGUUUCCAGUGGAAUUGAAAUAAAGGCUUUAUUUUUUGUA